GAUCUGAAAGCUCUCACACAGAGGAGAGACAGGAAUGUGGAAAGGAGCGACAACAUCGAUGGCUGUGCGCGGCCGCACUCCCUCCACGAUGCGUUUGUUUUACGCUGUGGCCGUCUGGGUGGCGUUUAUCCACCACACCAACGGAGUCCCUUGGACGGAAGAAAAGCUCCAUCACAGAGCUGUCACACUAACACAGGAUGAGAUCCGCACCGCCUUGUCUCACACAGACCUGGAGCAGAUGUGGCAGAGGGACCUGAGGCCGCUGCUGGUUAUCCGGUACCCAGGAUCUAACGGCAGCCGGGCCGUGCAGGAACACAUCAAAACGACCCUCGGUUCGCUGGGAGCAGGCUGGGAAGUGACGGAGGAUAAGUUUAUGUCACGAACACCCUAUGGCCCUCUGCCCUUCACCAACCUAAUUGCCACCCUCAACCCAUCAGCAAAGCGCCGCCUGGUCCUCGCGUGUCACUACGACUCCAAAUACUACCCGCCGCAGUGGCACGGUAGGGAGUUCUACGGCGCCACUGAUUCUGCUGUUCCCUGUGCCAUGAUGCUGGAGCUGGCACGAGCCCUGGAUGAAGAACUGAAAGCUCAGAAGAUCUCCAGUCCAGACCUGACCCUGCAGUUGCUCUUCUUUGACGGAGAGGAGGCUCUGUUCCAGUGGACGUCCACAGACUCCCUGUACGGCUCUCGACACCUGGCCCAGAAGAUGGAGAUCACCCCCCAUCCCGCCGGAGCCACAGACACCAACCAGCUGCACGGCAUAGAUCUGUUCGUGUUGCUGGACCUGAUCGGUGCUCCGAGCCCUCGCUUCGGCAACCAGUUCCCCAGCACGGCGCCCUGGCUCUCCAGACUGCAGGGCAUUGAAAAACGUCUACACUCGAUGAACCUGCUUGCGGAUCAUCCUGACAGUGUCGAGUAUUUCUGGCCCAGUCAGCCUGUGGGCAGCGUACUAGACGAUCACGUACCGUUCCUGAACAGAGGCGUUCGGAUCCUCCACCUCAUCCCCUCCCCGUUCCCACCCGUGUGGCACACGUUCGACGACAACGAGCAGAACCUGGAUCGCGACACCAUCGGGAACCUCAACAAGAUCCUGCAGGUUUUUGUUCUGGAGUACCUCAACGCCAGACCCACCGUCCCUUCAAACCCGCAAAAUGCCCCAUAAACCUCUGCUCUUCAUCUUUUCUCACUUCAUUGUAGUAAAAAUCUUCAGGUACUACUUUUUGGACUGAGUGAACACACCUUACUGACUUCUAUACAUCCUAAAUGCUCCUUGGUUUAAUGAUUAAGAUGAGAUUAAAACUCAGAGUGCCUACUCCGGAGAACAUUUAUUUAGACGUGCUUGUUGUCGUCUACAUGGGCAAAUGCACUUUUAUUUUCAUGUUUACAUCUGAGUAAAGGUUUAUAUUUUGUCUUAUGUGACCAACAUGACAUGGAUUUUCUUCUUUAAUGGCUUCAGGAGAGAGGCUAAGACUCCCAACUUAAGCUUUCUCCCCAGCAACAACAUCAGCACACAGGAUCUUCAGUGUAUUUUUCACUACACUGCUCUCUUUAUAUCAGCCGGAGGCCCUCAUUUACACUGUGAGGAGGCAUCUGAGUCUUUUUCUGCCUCAAAGAGGGCGAAAAAGAGCAGUGCAGAGUGAAAUAAAGAAGUUAGAAUGUGAUGACACUCUUUACUUGAAAAGUUUUCUGAGCAAGAGUGUAACAUAUGAAGGCAUUGCAAGUCCAAACAUGGUGAUAAUUUUGUUAUAAAUUGCUUUGGGAACAGUUUAAGCCUGAAAGCACUUGCUUGUAGUCAUAUAAUGACGUCUAGGAAUCCCUGAUCUGUUAUGUUGUGUGAAAAAUAUAAUAUGGCCACCCACACAGAUGCUCCCAAACAUAUUGGCGACGCACAUGAGAUGGUGCCACACUGUGUGUUUGAGCUGCAGAGCAUUUCCUCUCCUCCAGUAAAUCUGUUCAGUGUUUAGAGAACAAACGCGUCAGUGGCAGGAAGAGGGGGGUUCAUUUGUACUAAAGCAACAUCUUCAGCUCUUUAUAUCCUGUCAUCUUACGUGGUGAAGUGGAUGACUUCCUGUGCUGAUGUUUCAUGUGCCUGCCUUUGUUUAUAUGACAUUAUUAGCCUGAAUUUAAUGUAGAUGCUGGAAUAAUAUACACUGCCAAAACUGGACGUCCUGUAUCCUGAGACCGAAAUAAAUGUUGAUUCAGAAAACAAAAGGA